CACCAACACCGCACUCCUCUCGCUACAAGCAGAUCUAAACCUAGCUAGUUGGAUAAUUAUCCAUCCACCAAGAAGAGGGAAAGUUCGAGAAUGUUCCGGCGCAGCGGCGGUGGCGGCGGCAGGGGCAAGACGGCGGCUGGGAGCACCAGCAUGGGCACUGAGCUGCCCGUGGAUGGAGCUGUGCGGGUGACGAAAGUGGACAGGAUCCAGGCCUACAAUCUCGUCUCCAGGCCGUCGGUGCACCACGCUAUCUCGCCGGCGACGUCGGGGCCGGCGGAGAGCCUGGCCGUCAGUGUUGUCCGGGUGGUGGACGUCGUGGACGAAGCUGUGCGGGUGACCAAAGUGGACAGGAUCCAGGCUUACAAUCUCGUCUCCAGGCCGUCGGUGUACCACGCCAUCUCGCCGGCGGCGUCGGGGCCGGCGGAGAGCCUGGCCGUCAGUGUUGUCCGGGUAGGGGACGUCGUCGACGAAGAAUCCGACGGCGUCAUCUCGGUGUCCAUCGCAUAGAACUAAUCACUAUCUGCACCGUAACUAAUAACUGGGCCUGUCGUGCCUUAAGCGUGUUUAACGUUUCGUCAGAGAAACAUAUGUACACCUACGAGUACGCGCACCAGCAGGUUUUAACUGUAAUGGCAAUAGCACGUGGAAUGAUUAUUAUUAAUAAACUGAAAAGAAAAGAAAAGUUUUCCUCUAAA